AUGUUGCUGUUAAUUAUUUUAAUAAUAUUAAUUAUUAUAAUUCUAAGUGUUUUGUUGGUUUGGUUUAAAAUAAACUUUAAUUAUUGGACGCAAUAUCCACAAGUGCCCAGUGUAAAGGGUAGAAUAUUAAGUGGCAAUUUCAAAGAUUUCAUAACAUUCAAGACAAACUUUGGUUAUCAUCUGAGAACUCUAUAUGAAGAUGCGAAUUUUAAAAAUGAAGCAGUUGUGGGGAUUUAUGGCCUGUAUCAGCCCAGUUUACUAAUACGUGAACCCGAACUGAUAAGAUCCAUAUUUAUUAAAGACUUUGAUAGUUUCAGCAGUCGUCCGUGUCGCAGCGAUGCUCGUCAUGAUCCUUUAGGUGCUUUGAAUUUGGUUUUUGCCAAAUAUUCUUAUUGGAGAGAGAUGCGCUUGAAAUUAAGCCCCAUAUUCUCUGGUACAAAAUUAAGAUUUAUGUAUCCCUUGGUGCAAAAAGUGGGUAACAAUUUGGAGCAUUAUCUCAACAAGCAGGGAAAUUGUUUUAAACUCGAAUUAAAACAACUAUUUGGACGCUAUGUAACAGAUACUAUAUCUACCACUAUAUUGGGAAUAGCCUCCAAUGCCUUGGAAAAUGCUAAAGAUGUCAUGUUUAGUGAGGCCAGGAAAUUUACAGACUUUAAUUUGAAGAGAGCUUUGGAAUUUCUAAUACUCUUUUUUGCGCCAAAGCUUAACAGACUCCUACGACCGAGAGUAUUUUAUAAAUCCACCGAAACAUUCAUGAGAUCUUUUAUAAAAUAUAUAAUGGCAGAGAGAGAACGUUCGGGCUGUAAACGUCAUGAUCUUAUAGAUGUAUUUGUCAGAAUGAAACAUGAAGCUGAAAUCAAAGGCGAAGAUAUAUCCCAAUGCAUGGAGGGUCUUACUGCCCAAGCAUGUGUGUUGAUUGGUGGAGCUUUUGAUGCCUCUACCAAUACAAUAGCAAAUACAUUGCUAGAAUUGGCCAAAAAUCAUCAGGUGCAGCAGAGAUUAAGAGCAGAGAUUCUGCAAGCAUUUUUAAGCAAUAAUGGAGAAAUUUCCUAUGAAACUCUUACUAAAAUGGAGUACUUACAAAUGGUUAUUGAUGAAACACUAAGAUUGUAUCCAGUUUUACCCAUACUGGAGCGUUUGUAUGAAUUGCCAGCAAAUAAAUCUAAAGAAUUUAAUUUACAGCCUUAUUACGACUACAAAUUACGUAAUGAAAUGCCGGUUUAUGUUUCAAUAUUUGGUUUGCAUUAUGAUCCAAAGUACUGGCCCAAUCCCACCAAAUUUGAUCCAGAACGUUUUAGUCCUGCUCGCAAGAAAUUGCUGACUCCCAUGUCAUACUUACCCUUUGGUGAGGGUCCCCAUAUGUGCAUUGGCUCACGUUUAGGUUUGCUGAAGGUGAAAAUUGGUCUGGCUUAUUUUCUCAAGAAUCAUUAUGUGCGAGCUUGUGCGGAGACUAUUGUUAAACCUGAAUUUGAACCCAAAGCAAUAGUUUUGAAAAUAAAGGGUGGUUUGCAUGUGGAGAUUGUUCGAGAUAAUUUAUAUGACAAAGAAGUUAAUAAAUGA